GACAUUAACGAUGCCAUAAGCUUUGAAGCUUGUAAAUAAUUAUGUGUUUUGUGUCAACCAUGAGUUUGUAAUUCUGUUUGUACAUUUUUUAUUGUCGUUCUUAUCUGCCGUCUGACCGCACCCUUAAUUUACGUUUGUGUACAAUAAAGCGCUCACAUUGCACGUAUCGUCGUGUUCAGAAGCUUGUGUAUAUAUUGGCGUCACCCCUUACGUCGAAUCGUACUCCCAACAACUUGAGAGGAGGUUAUACUCAGGCUGACCUUACGUUGACACAGAGAACUUGGCAAAAAAGAGAGACGACGCUGGACUACACGGGAAACACACGAUUUCGAGAUUAAACAAAGGGUUUCGGGACACGCCAUGAUUAACCCUUAACGCUCCGAUUUUUAAUUGUGAAUAUCGACCGGCAACCGCAACUUAUUCUCAUCACACUUCGACUUGCAAGUUUUUAAGUGUCAAAUUUUAAAGAGUAGAGCGCCGCACAUCGGUGGUACUAGAGAGGCGCAUUUGUAACGGUUAAAGGUUAAGUUGCGCGCGAAAUAAAUUAAAUGGCAGGAAUGCUUCCAUAUGAAUAAUCGUAUGAGCUCAUGAUGAAGAUGUAUUCGUUGAUUUACAUAUUUGUAGCAUCUAUUUUUGUAGUGAUGGCUGAUAAAAGAAAUAUCUUCUUAUGGAAAGGAAAAUCAUGGAUCGCAGAUGAAUAUUUUACGAAACUUAUCAAGUUGUCGUUUACUUCUUCUAGAUGCUGCAACGUUUUUUUAAGUGAUACAACUGAAGAUUCGGAAGUAUUGUUCAGUCAAUUCAGAAGCAUCUAUUCAUCCAAUUACCUCUUGCAAUCGAACACGCACGACUGCCACGAAUUCUUUUUGUUGGGAUCAAGUGAAGAAGGAAUCAUGGAGUCUAUAAAAAAAAUACCAUUGCUACAAUGGAAUACAAAAAUUCUGAUUAUAGUGAAUAACGGUAUUUCCAAUGAUUCUCAUCUAUUGAAUACUUCUGUAUACGGAAUUGCAAAUAUAAAUAUUAUCUCUAUGUCGGGAAUGUGGAUGCUAUCAAAAAACUACAUAAAGCCGCGAGUCUUUAUUAAAGUUGACAGAUACAAGGAAAUCCAGAUAAACGACAAGGUAAACUUUCAUGGUAAAGAAUUACAAGCUUGCAGCGAUUAUAUUCCUCCUAUGACGUACUUAAACCGUACGAUUCAGAAAACGAUUAAUGGUGUACAAGCAGAAGUAUACACAAUGGAUAGUGAUUUGGAUUGGGACGGUAUCGAGAUGCGGUUGUUUCUAAUAAUGGCGGAAAAAUUGAAUUUCACGUGGACUUUGAGGAAACCAGAGGGAAACUACACAUAUGGCAAACGAAUCAACGACACAUAUUGGAUGGGCGGUAUAAUACAAAUGAUACGUGAUCAGAAGGUAGAUUUAGCGUUCGCCAGUAUUUGGCUAAUAUUGGAUCAAGAAACAUUCGUGCAGUUAUCCGAACCUUGGUACCAACUACAUAUGCAUUUUUUGGUACCUCGUCCUCGUCGAACCACAGGCUUUUUGGCGCUCAAAAGGCCAUUCUCAGAAGAAGUUUGGUUCUUACUCUUAUCUGCAUUGCUGCUACACAGCUUCUAUACAUAUGUUCGGACUUGGAUCGAUCCCAAAUUUCCAAAACGAUAUCGUAAUUUUCUAAUUAUCCUAACCGAUUUGAUCGGCUGUUUACUAAGCAUGUCGGUACCGAAGAGCGUCGGAACCACGAUCAACAAACUACAGAUUCUUUUCUGGCAGACUGCAGGCUGGUUAAUAAUUACAGCUUAUUGCAGUAGCCUUGCGGCUAGACUUGCGAGUUCAGACUACGAGAGCAGAAUCGAUACCAUCGAACAAUUUGUUGAAGCAAAUUUGCAAUGGGGAAAAACGGGUCAACCACCUCCGUUCGCCGAUUUCUUCGACCUCACGAAUCCACAUGCAGUGAAACUGUUGAAUAGAUAUCGUCAAGUACAAAAUAGUACACAGUUGAAGCAAUUCAUUAUGCAAGGUAAUUACGCUAUUGCAGGAAAAAUAAUAGAUACUUACUUUUUUCCAACCGACUAUAUAUCAAGCGAAGACUUAAAGAAUUACAGAUUGAUGAGAGAACCUGUGGGACACUUUUAUGCUGUUUUUGCCGUUCAACCAUGGCUUCUAAAACCCAUAAACAGGAUCAUCCUCUGGUUAAAGGAAGCCGGCAUCGUUAUUUGGCAUUUGCGCGAUGUUAUUCGUAGACGGGAUAACUAUAAUCUACGCGAGGUUUUUGUGGAGCACGAUAAGUACGACGGACACGUGCAAGUUCUCGGAUUGAUGCCGCUCGGCGCUGGAUUUUCUUUGUUACUCGUUGGCCUAUCGAUUGCAACGUUUGUAUUUUACUUGGAGUUGAAACGCACUGCUAAACCUGCCUCUGUGCGCGAUCGACCUCGCGAGAUCGAUAAGAAACACGAUGCAUAUUUAUAUAAUUGUUAGAUCAUUGUACAAGUAGAGCAACCUCGUCGUCAAGACGUUGACAAUUUUAAUUUUCACAAAAAUGUGAAAUAUUUCAUCAAAAGAUUAAUAAUCAUUAGCAAUUUGAGGACGAGAUUUUGUUGUUAUUUCUCGAAAAAAUAUGUAUUAUUACAAUUUGUACGUUCAGGAAUUUAUAAAGUAAACUGUAAUCUAAAGUCACAUUAACUUCUCAAUGUGAUUCAUCGAACACUGAGCAUCGUAUACAUAUGUGGUACGCAAGCACAACCAGCAUAAAAAUAUAGUGUAUCGUGUAGUUACAUAAUAAUAAAUUAAUGAUCCAUGAUCCAUGACGAAUACUU